ACACGUGUACGUGUUUUCAUCAUGCCAAACAUAGCCUUAGGGUUCGUUCCUCCCAGUUCAAGACCAAGGUGCCACUUCCACUGUCCACCCUUUUGUUUCCAGAAAUUCCUGCUUCGCCUCAUAUUAUACUAUCAUUUUUCAUCUUCUUCUUUAAAAUUUAUGUAAAAUUUUAAAAAAAAAAUUCCGUAUAUAUUUUGCUCGUUAUGCGUCAGAGUCUCUCUGUAAAUUUCUAGGGAUUUACAGUCUACUUGCACUCGGUUGAGAAAUACUGCUGAAAGAGUCCAGCUUUGGAUGUAUCAUGGUGGAUGCAGAGCAAGUUUUGGCCAGUGAUACCGGUUCCUCUUUCAUAGAACAGCUUGGUAAGGCAGUACUUGACCUGGAAGCCUACAAGGAUGCUUCUGAGGAAAGGGUUCAGUGGAUGGAAGUUGAGGAGCACUUUCGCAAUCUUGACACCAUGUUGAAGAUGAAAUUUGAAGAGCUUGAAGCGAAGGAGAGAGCAUUUAAGGUGAAAGAAUCUGAAAAUCACAUAUUGAUCAGAGAGAGAGAGGCAACUGUCAAUGCUAAAGAGCAAGACCUGUUGGAUCGAAUUCAAGAGCUAAAAGAUGCUGCUGUUGCUGUCAUUGCGGAGGCAAGAGCAAACCACCAGACAGCAGCUUCAGAGCCUGUUGAGGAUGGAGAUAACAGAGACAGCAAGGUAAGCAGCUCUCUUGGUGAUACAAAUUCUCCAGAGGAUAUUCCUCUUAAAACAGGUGAAAAUGCUGAAAGCGUGGCUGUUGUUGAGGUUAAGCCACGUCCAGAGCUUACGCAAUUUUGCGAGCAGAUGGAUACAAAAGGCUUACUGAAUUAUAGCAUGGAGAACUAUAAAAAACUAUAUGUUAUUCGUGAGGAACUUUCUGUUGCGCUAGAAAGUGCAAGCGAUCCAGCCUGUUUGGUGCUGGAUUCACUAGAGGGGUUUUACCCUUCUGAUGAAAUUAACCAAGUGGGGGGUAAGGGGGUUGCUGCCCUUCAGGGCAUGCGCAAAUCUUGUAUUAUGUUUAUGGAAGCCAUGACCGCCUUAUUGGCAAGGGCUGACCCAGGUGCUGAUCACCUUUUGAGCCCUGAGACCAAGCAGCAAGCCAAAGCUAUUGCUGAUGAGUGGAAGCCUAAGUUGGCUAGAGCAGACAUUGAUGCUGCCAAUGGAAUUUCAUUGGAAGCAGAGGCAUUCUUGCAGCUUCUUGCAACUUUUAGGAUUGCUUCAGAGUUUGAUGAAGAAGAACUCUGCAAGCUUGUUCAUGCAGUUGCUCACCGCAGGCAGGCACCUGAGCUCUGCCGCUCUCUUGGCUUAACACACAAGAUGCCAGGGCUAAUUGAAUCACUAAUCAACAAUGGGAAACAAAUUGAUGCUGUACGUUUUAUUCAUGCCUUCCAGCUCACUGAGAGCUUCCCUAUUGUGCCACUCCUUAAAGCAUAUUUGAAAGACUUGAGAAGAAACUCACAAGGAAAGGGAGAGAACGUAGGAGAUGGUGCUGGUCCUCAGGAUGAUGCUAAUGCACAAGAACUUGCAGCACUCAAGACAGUAAUCAGGUGUGUUGAAGAUUACAAGCUUGAAGCUGAAUACACACUUGAUCCACUUCAGAAAAGGGUUGCUCAAUUGGAAAGAUCCAAAGCUGAUAAGAAGAGAAGUGGAGAAUAUGGUAAACGCCAACAAUCGAAAAAACAAAAGGCCAAUGGAAGAUUCCGUGGAUACCGCGGACCUGGUGCCAACUCUGCUUCAGCUCCUGCUGCUGGUAGGCAGGGACCUCCUGUUUUCAGCGAGAGAGCAGUGUAUGCAGGAAUGUCAGAGAGGUAUCCUCACGCAGGUCCACACGUCUAUGAUUACCAGCCGAACCAGCUUGCAUAUGCUCAGCAAGCGAAUGACCAAAGAUUAUACUAUUAUCCCCAAGAUGACAGGGUUCCAGCAGCCUCAUAUAGCGCUGCUCCUCCAAAUUAUAGUGGUUACGUGGGCAAUGGAUUGCAGCCUUCACAUCAGCCAUACAUGUAAUUUAACUUUUUAAAGCAUUGUGGGAGAGUCAGUUUAGCAGGGAUCCGAGCAAACUCAGUGAAUGUUCUCUGUUUGCUAGCAGUUUUUUUUCCAGUUGGGAUCCGUUUAACAUCAGGGCUUUCGAUAUUGCAAAAGGCCUUAAGAAUAGCACUCUGCUUUUUUCCUUCUCUUUUUAUUUAUUUAUUUAUUUUUUGUUUUU